GGAUGAUUCUUCUUACAUCUGACAUACUUAUUGCUGCAGAUCAUGACAACAAUUCAAUCAAAAUGAUCGAAAUCAACAGCUUCUCCAUCAUUGAUCAACUAAAACUAGACAUGAAACCCUGGGAUGUCACAACAGUCUCAAAUGACAAACUAGCAGUCACACAACCAUAUCGAAAUGAAAUUCAGUUUGUAUCAUUUACAUCAAACAGACUAAAAAGAAAAAACACUAUAAAAGUUGAGGGAGAGUGCUAUGGUAUAUAUUGUUACAAAGGACAACUCAUAGUGUUAUUUAAGUCACCCGUAAAACUCCAAAUCAUUGAUCUGAAAGGCAAAGUACUAAAAUCAGUCACUAAGAAUACAAAUAGAGAAGAUAUUUUCAGUGAUCCAAACUAUGUUACAGCCAACAGCAGCUCUAUCUAUGUAUCUGACAGUGGAAAGUAUGCUGUUAUACAGUUAAACUGGCAAGGUGAAGUGACAGGUACUUAUAGUGUAUUAGGUGCUCCUACAGGUCUUGCUAUGUUAGCAGAUGGAUCAUUUUUUCUGAGUGAUUUUCAAGAUGGAAUCUGUAACAUACAAAAUAUAUCUAGUGACUGUACUAGAGGAGAAGUUGUGUUGAAGGAUUUGAAGAAACCCUUUGCCAUCUGCUGGUGUGAGACCAACAAAACCUUGUAUAUCAGCAGCUGUGCACUUGAUGCAUCAGCAGCCAACUUUGUUCAGGUUUACAAGCUGCCAUGAACACUUCAGCAGGAAAAAUAUGCCCCUUUGCUAACAUUCCACAAAGUAUAUCUAAAUAAUGAUCAGUGCUUUUGUAAAACCACCAAUGCCACCGUCUGUACAGUGCUAAUAAAGCCUUUUAAAAAGACCAGUAAUAUAAUGCUGACAUAAAUCUUCUUCAUUACAUUAUUUUUAAUAGUUCUAGAAAUAAAACAUUUUAUACACAAA